AAAUAUAAUUACUGUGUCAGCCCCGCCGCUAUUUAUUAUCCAUAAAAUUUUAAUUCUUUUCUGAUAAACAAUGGUAUUAAUUCUAUGCUUGUUCGUAUGUAAUUUAUUAUCAAAUAUUGCAGGGGCUAAAUUCGAGAAAUUUCGAAACGACUACAUGUGGGCAGAUCAGGUCCAGACAUAUUACAAGCUGCACGGCCAGCCAACACACUGGUAUCAGGCAAAACAGUCCUGCGAGGACGAAGGGACGAUGCUUCUCAUACCGGACACUUUCAACGAAAUGGACAAUAUCAAAGUGCUGAUGAGCAAUAUGAAAUCUGAGUAUUCUGCUAUAUUCGUGGGCAUACAUGAUCAAUAUUCUGAUGGAAAUUACGUAACAGUUAGAGGUGAUCACCUAACAGGGACGGUACAAGGUAUAAUGUGGGCAGAAGGUAGUCCAGACAGCUACGAGGAUAACGAGCACUGCGUAGUCAUGAACAGGCUUGGGCUUCUGGACGACCGCCCCUGUACCGACGUUUAUCCAUUCAUAUGUAAGAUAGCAGCGGAUGAUUUCAAAUACCAUGAAGAAUGCGAUGGCUUUGAUACAGGUUACGUUCUACAAAACGUAAGCGUGGGUCAGCAUCCUAAAUGCUACAAGUUCCAUCGCGAGCCGUUGUCGUGGUUUGAAGCCUACGCGACCUGCUUUCGAGAGGAAGGAGAGUUGGCCAUCAUCAACUCACCAGAGGAGGCCAGAGUCGUCACCAACUUGUUAAGAGAUCAUAUCAACAGCAAUGUACCUGAUCCAAACAUGCUCUAUCUUGGAUUCAGUGAUCUACUUUUCCCAUAUCAAUAUAGGACUAUUAAAGACGACACAUUAAAAGCUGCAGGUUACUCGUCUUUCCAUCCCAUAAAGGAAACAGUCGUAGCCAACAAAACUAAAAGAUGCGGAGCCCUUUCCAGAACAGGAUACCUCAUUCUCACCUAUUGUGAUAGACCAGCCAUGUUCCUCUGCCAAAAAGGUAUUGAUAAGAAUAACAAGUUAUAUAAUAAUAACAAUGAGAGUAGUGAAGAGAGCGACGAAUACGAAUAA